CUGAAGAAGCCCAAUAUGUUGUUCAUGCACUACUAUGUCAGCCUGUUCUCAGCACUGUCUUACUGGUGGGUGAGCUGGCUCCUUACCCUGGGCUACAAGAAGCACCUGGAGUUGAGCGACCUGGGCGUGGUACCAGACAGGCACGAGGCAAAGUUCAACCACAAGAAGUUCCGGAAGGCCUUCAGGGAAGAAAUGAUGAAAGCUCACAGCAAGGGUAAAGAGGCAUCACUGUUCAAGGUGUACAUCAAAGUGUACGGUCGACGGCUUGUUGGGGCUGCAGUGUUGAAAUUAAUCGGGGAAAUGUUCUUCUUCAUCAACCCGCUAGCUGUCGGAGCACUGACAGCGUAUGUCACCAAUCUCCGGUAUCCACCCCCCGUGGCACCGACCAGCCCAGGGUACGUUAAAGUGGAGGACUUUUUCAAGAACGGAUUUGUGCUGGUCAUAGUCAUGUUCUUAGCUUCGAUGAUCAACUUCCUCUGCUUACAGACGCACUUUUACAUUGCCAUCAUCGAAGGACUCAAUGUGCGGGCUGCAAUUCAGACAAUGGUUUACGAAAAGUCGCUUCGCUUGUCCACCGUGGCCACGACGGGCGGAAAGAUGAACAUGGGUCAGAUCACCAACCACAUGUCGGUCGACCCCAACGCCAUCCAAUUCAUGUUUCAGAUGGUUAAUAACCUGUGGGCUAUCCCGGUGCAGUUGGCCGUGAACCUAGCGCUGCUCUACGUCCAGAUGGGCUAUCCUGCGCUGAUUGGUGCCUCUGUGUUCCUUGUGCUUGCUCCUGUCCAGUUCAAAAUUGCUGCACUGAUAGGCAAGCAACAAAAGAAAUUACUGGUGUGCUCCGAUGAACGCCUCAAGAAAACCAACGAGUUGCUGCAAGGCAUUAAGCUUCUGAAGCUGUACGCUUGGGAAGGACUCUACUGCAAGGCUAUCGAAACCAUCAGGGAAAAGGAACUUGGUAACCUGCUCAAGAUCAACUUUGGCUUCGUAACCACAAUUCUUUUGACACUUUCUACGCCUAUAUUUGUCACAAUUGUGGGUUUUGGGACCUACACCGCCCUUACCGGUAGCCCGCUGACACCAGAAGUGACCUUUUCGGCUCUCUCCCUUUUCAACAUGCUGACCAUGCCCCUAAUGAUGCUCCCAAUGAGCCUCCUGAUGUUCAUCAACGGUGUUGUCAGCACGAAUCGAGUCCAGAAGUUUCUGUCGGGCCCUGAGGUGGAGGACGAGAGCGACGUGGACCGCGGGCAGAAUGGUGCUGAGCGGCAAGCUGGCCCAGCCGACACAACAAUCGUGUACAGGAAACCAGGCCUUGUGAUGAUCACCAGUAGUGCAUCUGAGUUUGAAGACGAAACAUCGGGCACAGAGAAAUCGCGAUUGCUCGGGAAUGGCGACCGUGGCCGGAAGCAGACGAAGGGCAGCCGAAAUUCACAAUACGGAUCGGCCAUCCACCACCAGGAGCGGUCAGUCCAUAACGGAUUGGGCACAAGACUGCCACACGGCGUAGCAAUCAAAAUAUCAAACGGAAGUUUUCUUUGGGAUUCUGAGACAAGUGCACCAGUGUUGUCAGGUAUCAACGUGGAAAUACCAGAAGGUAAACUGACGAUUGUCAUUGGUCAAGUCGGCAGUGGGAAAUCGUCUUUGUUGUCCGCCAUCUUGGGAGAAAUGACCACUGUAUCUGGAACGGUCCAAAUGAAGGAUAGGAACCAGGUAGCCCUAGCCGCUCAGAAGCCCUGGUUGCUGAACAGCUCACUGCAGAAUAAUGUUCUCUUCUCAAUGCCAUUGGAUGAAAAGAGGUACAAACGGGUCAUUGACGCAUGCUCCCUGAAGCCAGACAUUGACAUCCUACCGGCUGGAGACCAGACUGAGAUUGGAGAGAAGGGAAUCAACCUGAGCGGAGGACAGAAGCAACGAGUCAGCGUGGCCAGGGCUAUGUACUCUGGCAGGGAUAUUAUCGUUCUGGACGAUCCGUUGUCUGCUCUCGAUGUUCACGUUGGAAGUCAUCUUUUCACUGACGGUAUCUUAAAACUGCUGGUAAAUCACCGCCAGACGGUUGUUUUGGUCACUCACCAACUGCAGUACCUCAAUAGGGCUGAUUUUAUCAUUGAGAUGAAAAACGGCCGAAUAGCCGCCAUGGGCAACCUGGAUGAUAUCAUUGCUGCGGACCCAGACAUGUACAGCGAGUACGAUAAAGCUGUCAAGGCGGUCAGCGAGUCGGAGGCCGAGGGUGAGCUGUCCGGUAACGAGUCGGAAGGAACCAAGGAGGAACGACUCCGUCUGCAGCGGCAAGUCAAGACAGCAGUCCUGAGGAAACAGCCGUCGACAGGACAGAAAGGGGUUCUGAUGGAGAAGGAGGAGAUUGAGCGGGGAUCGGUGUCCUAUGUUGUGUACAUGUAUUACAUCCGGAACUUCGGCGUGCUGUUUCUGCUGCUGGCUGCUCUAUUCGCCACCCUGUACACGGGGUUCUCCAUCGGCACCAACUUCUGGCUAUCUGCCUGGUCCGAGUCCGGUCUGAAAAACUCGACUGACUCGCAAUUUGAGGAAUUUUUUGGAAUCUAUGUCGCACUGGCCAUGUCGAACUUACUCGGUCGACUGAUAGCGACUGGAAUUAUUGUCUGGGGCGUCCUUCGAGCAGCCAGGAAAUUGCACCAGGGAAUGCUCCGGAACAUCAUCAAGGUGCCACUGAGAUUUUUCGACACAACCCCUAUUGGGCGCGUUCUCAACCGAUUUUCCAGUGACACUCAACUGAUUGACGUGAGGAUGACACAGACAAUUAACAUGCUGUUGAGCAGCUUCCUCAAUGUGAUAUCUGCCGUGAUUGUCAACACCAUUGUCACGCCUGUCUUUAUCGCCUUCUUCGUUCCUGUCGGAAUAUGCUAUUACUUUCUGCAGCGGUACUUUCUGGCAUCUUCAAGAGAGCUGCAACGACUAGAUAGCGUCAGCAAAUCGCCCGUGUUUGCCUAUUUCUCGGAAAGUCUGAAUGGACUCACCACGAUUCGUGCUUACAGGUGCGGUAAUCGUUUCUACAAGACCGUGGUGGACCGCAUCAACAGGAACCUGUCGGCUUUCUUGUACCUACAGCUAGUGAAUCGAUGGCUUGCCAUAAGAUUGGAUUUUCUGGGAGCAGUAGUAGUUCUUAUUGCUGGCAUGUCUACUCUGGUCGCAGCAUUGACUGCUGGCUUGGAUCCUAGCCUGGUGGGUCUCGCCGUCACCUAUACGCUGCAGGUCGCUGGAUUCAUGAACUUUGUCGUGCGCCAGGUGACUGAGUUAGAGAUGCAGAUGAACGCCACUGAGCGUGUCAAAUAUUACACCUACAUCGAAAACGAACAGUACGAAGGCGAAGAGCCAUCGCCAGAUUGGCCUCAUGAAGGUCGGAUCCAGUUAGAGAACGUUUCGGUGCGCUACGCCAUCGACACGGACACUGUGCUCAACGACAUCACGGUGGAUUUUCAACCUGGUGAGAAGAUUGGAGUGUGCGGGCGCACUGGAGCUGGAAAAUCUUCUCUCACACUGGCAUUGCUUCGUGUGGUUGACAUUUUCCAAGGCCGCAUACUUAUCGAUGGCCUCAAUAUCAAGUCUGUUCCCCUGACUACCCUUAGGAGUAAAUUGAGCAUCAUUCCACAGGAUCCUGUUCUCUUCACUGGAACGAUAAGGAAGAAUUUAGACCCCAUUGGUCACAUUGCUAACGAUACAGAAUUGUGGCACGCUUUAGAGAUUGCUCAACUCAAAGACGUCGUCUCAGCAUUGGAUGGCGGACUUGAAUACUUGGUCACUGAGGGUGGUGAGAAUUUCAGCGUGGGUCAGCGGCAGCUGUUCUGUCUGGCUCGUGCCUUCCUGCGCAAGUCUCGCAUCCUCAUCAUGGACGAGGCUACUGCCUCCAUCGACAUGGAGACGGAUAAAAUUCUCCAGUCAGUUGUGGCCACUGCCUUUGCUGAGCGUACGGUGCUGACUAUAGCGCAUCGUGUUUCGACCAUCCUGAACUCGGACAAAAUUUUGGUGCUGAAUGAAGGGAAGGUGGCAGAAUACGGAACUCCACAGAAACUUCUAGAAAACACGGAGGGGAUUUUUGCCUCGUUCAUUCAAAACAAGGACAUGUAGAAAACACGGCGAUGUGUAGCAUUAUAAUGGAUCGCAUGAAAUAAAUUGUGCAAAUCUCUUGAAGAGGAACAAUGCAUGAUUUGUGGUGAGAAUUCAGCAGAGUAAAUAUGUUGCUUUUGUGUCGUUGUAUAAUGUAUGUUCAUGCUAUUAAAAGCGGUAUGGCACUUGUAGUCUUUAAUAAUGAUGACGCAAACAGUGCAACUAAGCCUGGUUUCCAUAAUGGUCGGUUGUAAUGCAGACCUACGUAUUAAAUAUUUACUGCUUGCUUUGCUAGUCACGUUUGGUUCUGAAAUCCAUAUUCAGUUAUAAGCGUUUUGGGUUUGAUACCUUCAUUUGUUUGUUUAAUUUUCGUAGUAUAUCCUAUCACCUGUUUUCUCUUAAUCAUUGUUAAGGGCGUCUUCGCUCUAAGAUUCAGUAUUUUGAACGUCUCCCACACUCUGUUCCGUUUUCAUAUUGGCUGUUUUUCUCUGUUUUUUCGAGUUUUCCUUUUUUGAUGUAUACUAAUAAAGUCUGUACACGAGUUUGAAAUCAAUUUAGGCUGAAACAAUUUUAAGUUACCACUCGUAAAGGAUGUUAACACACACUAAAGCUUAGAGUAUAUACGAUUACACCUGAUAUCAUACCGAUAAAAUGUAUUCACAAAAGCGCACUCUGUGGUGUGUGUCUGAGGGAAUGAUGUUCGCCAGAACUGAAAUGAACAAGACGCUUAUCUUGCGAGGCCACAGAUUUUGGUAAUUUCUUUAAGUAAUCUUUUAUGGCCUUUCUGAGGGGUGAAGCUAAAUUUUUUGGGGUUUGUAUACGUUUUUGGAAGGAAACGAAAUGUUAAACCAAACUUGCCUUUCUGUAAUUGUUUAGAGAAUUUUUUUGCCCUUUUUCAGGGGGCAAAAAUGAGUUGGAAAUCCGUAAAUUAUGUUUACAAAGUUAAAGUUUAGCUGUUGCCUUCACAUCGAAUAAUUAUUUUGCUAUAUCCUCGUCAAUGUGUGUUAUUAUACUUUACAAUGAAAAAACAUAUUUAAGUAACAAACGCUAAAGAUCUUACCCUGCAUAAAUAAAAAAGGACGACCAUAAUUUAAUUUUUUCCUUAAGGAGCUGAAGGUGGAUAGAUUAAACUAUAAAAAAAAGAUGAUUAGACAUUGUUAGACCUUUUUCUGAUAACAAAAAUCAUAUUGCACUAUAUGUGUAAUAAAUACAGUUUAGAUGA